AUGACAACUGUUCUCGUAGCUGGUGGCACCGGUAGCAUCGGCAGGGCUAUCGUUGAGGCUCUUGUGGAACAAGGAAAAUUCAAGGUCGUCGUCCUCGGACGCAAGUCGAGUGCUGAGCUUGAAGAGCGCCUCGGCGCCAGGGUCAUCGCAUCAGACUACGCAAGUGUUGAUGGCCUCAUCUCAAUCUUGGAAGAAAACAAGGUCGAUACCGUCAUUUCUGCCCUUGGCGGCCUUGCCCCCCCCGACGCCGAAAAGGCUCUCAUUCACGCUGCUGAAGCAUCGAGCGUCACUCAUCGAUUCAUCCCUAGUGUUUUCGGAGUCAAAUACCGUCCCGAUUGGUUUCUGACUGCUGGUAGUCAAGCCUGGUUCCCUGCAGCUCAGGCUAAGUUGGCAGCCAUGUCUGAGCUCGAAGGGACCAAGCUGGAGUGGACCAUCGUCUGCAAUGGCUUCUUCCUGGACUACUGGGGUAUGCCCAAGGUCAAGUCGUAUCUCAGCCCCAUGACUCUGUUCAUCGAGCCGGCUUCCAAGGAGGCCGCCAUUCCAGGAUCCGGAAACACCCCUGUCGUGUUCACCUACAGUCAUGACGUCGCCAAGUUCACGGCGGCUUUGUUGACGUUGGAUAAGUGGGAGAGGGAGUCAUACGUCAUUGGCACCAAGCUGUCUCUGAACGAGUUCCUUAAGCUUGCUGAAGAAAUUCGGGGCGAAUUCAAAAAGACUCAUGACUCUUUGGAGCUACUCAAGUCAGGCAAGAUCACGGAGCUUCCUGGUCACCGCUAUGCGUAUGAACAUUUCCCAAAAGAGGCACUGCAGGGAAUGCUUGCCACUUUUGGACUUCUUUUUGAUGAGGGGCAAUUCGACUUUAAGCCCGAACGCAGCCUCAACGAUAUCUUUCCGGAAAUCAAGCCUGUUUCGGCCAAGGAGAUGUUGGAGAUUGGAUGGAAGAACUGA